CGUUAGUUAUGAUGAUUGUGGUUGUAAAUGAAUAACUGUAAUUUUUUGACGAUGAGGCUCGCACAGGAAUUUAACGGGCUUUGUGAUGAGUGCAUUGGGACACGGUGUAAUUAUUAAAUUUAAUCAGCCCAAUUUACUUAUUUAACCGGGCAGAUGAGCCCAGACCUGACCCGUGAGCCGAUGGGCUCAUCUUUUGUGCGUUGUAUAUAAAAAGAUAAGGAUAGUUUGUAAACAGCAGACUUCCUCAUCCCUCACAACCGUCGUCGACAUCAUGGACCGGCGGCCACGCACAGAUGGUAAUCGGCCCUGUGACAAGGUCUUCCAGCGUCUCCGGGAUCUGGAAGAGCGGAUACUGGCGAAGCAGCAAGAUGAUGAUGCAUGUGAGAAGAAAGAAGAAAAAGACUUGAUGAGUGACUCAUCAUCAGAAGAAGAAGACGACGAAGACUUGAAAGAGGAACACGCAGAGAAAGAACAAGAUUUGGAAGAGUGUGUGUCCAGCCUAGAGCUGGAGGACGCCCCAUGUGGAGUUUGCCUUCGGAAGGGGUGCAACGUUAGGUCGUGUCCCUAUCGGUAUCGGGUCCCGCCUGGCGUGCAUGAAGUUGGAGAGGGGUACGAAAUUGCUUGUCGGAAAUGCAUUCGCCUUGAUAAUCGCUGCGGGCACCCCGGUAUGGGAUAUGUUCGUCCUGCCUUCAAGUCUCCGUGGCGCAGAGCAGCACUGAAGCCGAUGGCUGAGUAGGCAAUCUGCAUAUGAUCCAUGAAGGAUUAUUGUUAUCAUCAUCAUCACACUUGCAAUAAAGCAGCAGGCUGUUGUUGGUUAUUUGACUCAUUGCAAUCCAUAAACUCCCAUCAUCAAUACUCUGUAUCAUCAUCAUCAUUAUCAUCUGUGAACAUCAUGUUUGUUAUGCAUGUACGUUAUGUGUUGUUGUGAAUGCUUCAGUUGUAGUGUGCCAAAAUGCUCUACUCACAUGGGAUAUCAUUUUCAUUGAAAAAGAGCCCUUUGAAGGGUAGAAUCCCAAUGGCCCAAGGAGGCACAAUCUAUUAAAGAAACUAAGGGACU